AUGGUGGUGGGAGCCCUUCCAUGCCUCGUCUUCCGGCCGCCGCCCGCGGCCGGGAUGCACCCCCGACGCCCGAGGAUCCCUCUGGCCGUCGAUUAUGCCGCGCGACACGCUGUUCGGAACCCCUUGCGGAUCCCGCCGCCGCCUCUAUUCGGGGGAGCAUCUCGCCGCAUCUCGAUCGUUGCUGGAGCCGCGGGUGGCUCGUACAAGGUAUAGUUCGGCCUGGUAAUCCGCACACUUUGGUUCCUGUUGGCAUUGUCGUUCGAAUUGCGCAUAUCUCAUCUCAGGUUGCCGGCGGGGGUGAUGAGCUCGCUGGGAAUCCGAAGGGUGGAGGCUUAUUGAGCUGGGCGCGACCUCUCUUAAACUUCGUCUCUUCCAACUUCCUACCUUUAGGUGAAAUCCUUGGACGUCUCGUCUCGUCUCAUUUCAAAAGAACAGGCUCAGUCGGACGAUGAUUUCUCGCCAGUUAAUUUUGGUGGUUCUCGAUAAUGGAUCGAUGUUAUGAGUAACAUGAAACAUUUGUUUCAGAAAAAAAAAAUUGUACAGGAAAUUAAAAUCGAGACUGAUGGCUUCUUGAUAGUGUGUAUUUCAAAGUAUUUGAUGGCCAUUUCUAAUUUUCUUCUGCAGAAUAACCCGUGCAUAAAUCUAAAUGUGAGCUAGUGAUAAAUUUUUAAAAACUUUGUAAGGUUCCAGCUGAACUCCACUAGAAAAUCCAUGGUUGAGGCGGCACCGAGGAGUGGCAAUCGCACUUGGCAUUACACCCAAGGAUCUUACAUCUAAUCUCCACGCUUAUCCAUUAAAACACCAUCAUCUACUUUCUGCCACCCGCUGCCACAAUUCUCGUUUAAUUCCAUUGCUAGGUCAUGUUACCACAAUCCUCCACCUAACAUUGUCGUAUCACUCUCAGUACUGCCUAUCAUUGCUGUCUCAAGCUUCCUACCACCAACCACCGGUGCUAUUAUUAUCUUUUUAAUCAGUCUAUGUCAGUUGACUCGAAGUUGAUGUUGCUGGCUUGCCACGAUGCAUGACUUGAAGUCAUCAAAUAGUCUAUUUCUCUUAAUGGAAAAUUCUAAUUCUGAAAAAUGCGAGAUUAUGCGUGGUUAGUAUACGUAUGGGGUAAGAGUGGAGUGCAUAAUUUCUGCAUAAUUUCUACUGAAAAAUUAAACCAACUAGAGAAUAGUUACUUUUUGAAGCUGGAUAAUGCUACAUUGGCAUCAAAAAUUAAGAAGGGUGGAAUAUACAAGUAUAUUAUUGAAAAUAUUCCAAAAAACCCCAGUACAACGUUUCAUGGUCUACACCAGGACAGUGUAGACCGUACUAAGAGACCCUCAACGGCAAAACUGAGGAAUAAAAUCCUUAUUUUCUUUUGUCUGAUGAAAUUUAUCUGAAAUGACGAUUUUGACUGAAACAAAGCAUGAGCACGCAACCCAAAAUAGUAGAAUGAGUUCUUCAAGUGUGAGCCUGUUCUGUUCUGUUUCGAUUCUGCUUAAGAAAUUCACUUUGAUCAUAGUUUUCUGACCAAGGACUAGUACUUGACACAAAAACCUUGUUAAAACUUAGAGAAGGCAUAUGUUCGGGCUUUAUAUGGUUAGAAUUUAUGUUUAUGAGUGGUCGGGUAAUCGAAUUCUUCAGUUACAUAACUCCAUUCUUUUUCAGCUCUCCUAAGUGGUAUUGCCCUGGGAUUGCUGAACCCGACGCCUGGCUGUCUUGCCCACAAGUAUUCUUUGUCAAAAUUUAGCACAUUUGGAAUAUUUGUUAUAUCAGGUAAGAAUAUUGAAAAACAUCCCAUCCAUUUUAUACCCAGAGUGUAAUUUCUGCUCCUACUGCCAAUAUCUCCAAUUUUCAGGACUUACAUUACGGAGUGGGGAUAUUGGUGCGGCUGGAGAAGCUUGGCCUGCUGGAUUACUUGGUCUAGUAUGUUUCUGAAUAAGUCAUGAAUUGUGUGUCAUCGUUUGCUUAUCUUCUGCUUCGCACAAUUAGAUUCUCCGUAAAUAUAGCUUUUAAAAUAAAAAAAAUGUUGUUUUAUCACACACGAGAAUUAAGUUAUAGAGAAUAUUAAGUCCAAUUCUAGUUGUCAGAUGCAUAUUUAAGGCAUUCCUUGUUUCAUCUUUGUAACUAACAAUUAAAGUAAGUUUUGAUCUAUUUCUUCAGUCAAUUUAUCAGUUUUAGUGAAAUGAACUAAAAGGAUGCUCGAUUCAUCCUGAAACAUGCUGAACCUGAUCAGGGCUAACAAAGUGUGAUCCCAAUCUUUCUGUUAACAGAUGGAAUUGGCCCAAAAUUAGAAACUUAGCUGGAUAUUUUUUUCUGCCCUUUGUCUGUUGCUGGCAUUAAUCAAAUACUUGUUCUUUCCUUACUUCGUGCUCUUUCUUCUUCUUCUUUUCCUUGUGUCCAUGUCAUAGACUUCAUUAAAAUUCUCCUGUUCUCUCAUUUUUUCCAUCUGAAAUCAAAUACUCCAAAUGGAAUCAGCUGAUUAGUGUCUAGAAGUUCAACAUCCAGCUAGGAUCAGUCUGAUCACAACCCCUACCCAGAAAUCUACCGUCAGAUAUUUCUUUUGCAUAGUUUAUCUGCCAUGCUCUGUGCCUAGUAAUGAAGAAAGGAGUCUAUGUGGGUAUUGCCACCGGGAUUAUGAUGAACAUUGAUGACUCACGUGUUAUGGAUGCAUGUGGCAUAAUUAUGUGUUAUGCUCCCUGAUGGGACUGUUUCUAGUUUCGAACUAGGAUGGUUUUUUUGGGGGGAGGACGCAUUCUCAGUCAUUAUUUUGGUACCUUUUAUUGUCAGUGUUCUCAACUUUAGAUGAGGGGGAGCAUCCUGAAGUGGUUGGAUAAUUCGAGUUUGCUGCUUGCUUUCUCGAAAUUAUAGGAUGAAGUGGUCUGUAGUUUGACUAUUCACUAAAUAUUUAUUCUUAAAUGCCUUUAAAUACUGGUUGAAGAUGUUGUGGAUGAGACGUACUGUAAAGGAGUCAUAAAAGCACCAACAUGAGAAGUGUAUGAUUAACCGUGCGAAGUUCUAGUUUUUCAUUUUGAUCAGAUUGACAUUUCCUUUAGUUUAAGUACGAAAGUGAUAGCGCCGUGCAGAAAUGUCAACUUCGUACGAUACUUAUCUACCAGCUGGAGACUUCGCAUCAGAUUACUCUCAUUACGCCUAUGUUUAUUCUUUUUGGUCAGACACUUUUCAUAUGCUAUACUAUACUGCCUCGUGAAUACCUAGAUGAUCUGUCACACCUAAAAAAUAUCAAAGCGACCUAUCGUUCCCCAUGAAGGAAAGUGAAGGAGGAAUCUUAGAGUUCUGGAUCUUUGAGCUCCUAACUGCGUGUUUAUAAUGUUAAUAAGGUCCUAUAAUUGAUACCUUCUUGUCAUCUCAUUGAGAUUAGCACAUUCUUGUCAUCUCGUGUUUGAGACCUAAAUAGGUUGAACUGGCUUCCGUCAUUCUGCAGUUAAAUCGUAAUCAGACAAUAAACUAACCCAUGAGGAUUUAGAAUAAUCUAUCACUUCACGCAUUUAUAAAUUAGGACCCUUUUAUCUCACCCAGAACAGAAUGUGGAGGAUUUUUUUGGGAAGUAAUAAGCCCCUUUGACAUCUCUUCAUCUGCGAAGAAUUCUCACGUGAAAACUGAGAGAAAAAGGACUUAUAGUUGAAUAGGAAUGUCACAUAUAUUAAUUGAACUAUUUAACACUCCCUUUUUCGUCACUAUGCCCUUCAUUAGUUUUUUUUCUUUAAUCAUUAUAAUAUUUUAAUUUUUACAGGCGUCAAUUUUAUUGUUCACUCCCUUCUUUGCAAAACUAAUUUUGCAACUUCAUCUGGUACCUCGAGAAUUUGUAACGGGUAUGUCAGUUUUCAGAUCCUAUUCCUGUAGUAAAUAUAUCUAAUUGACGACUUUUCCAUGUUUGCCCAUAUUUUUGACUUUGAAAAGUAUAACAGGCUUGGCUAUAUUUUGUUGCAUGCCUACCACAUUGUCAAGUGGGAUAGCAUUGACACAGGUGCCACAGUUUCUUCAGCAUCUCUUCUUACAACCUUUAUGAUUUAGAUUAUCAUUCUGAUGGGAAGGAAUGAGCCUCAUGCAGCUUGCGAAGGGGAACUCAGCUCUGGCUCUUGCAAUGACAGUGAUAUCUAAUCUGUUAGGCAUUUUGCUCGUAAGUCCGUGAUUGUUUCAUUAUCGAUAACAAUGUUUUAUCCUUGUAAUUCUUUCAACUUAUAUUUUUUAAGGUUUUGCCUUCCCUUGAGAAUAUCCUGCGCAUAAUUUUUCUUCCAUCUUACUUGGGGAAUCACAGUAAAUAUUAGAAGAUGAAGAUGAUAUCUAAUAGCACACUUUUUUGCUUCAUUUCCGCUCAUUUUUUUUCCAUCCUUUGUCGUCAUCCCUCCACUCUCACAAAAAUAAAGUCAUGCUAGCCGGGGAAUGGAAAAAGUGGGAAAAUUCUUGUAAAUGUGAUAUCAACUAUUUGAUCCAAAAUUUUACGUUGUUUUCCUCCUCAAUCGCAUGGAGGUAAAAAGCAUGAUCCUUCAUGGUAGCUUUUGAAGCCUUUGGAGGUGAAAAGGAAGAGCUGUAUCUAAUUUGUACUGUGGGCCGUUGAGUGUAAUGCUUCCUGAUGACAUAUUCCGAGUCUCCUGUGUCUUCUGGACUUCAUUUGAUGUGUAGUCUUUGUGGUAACAAGGUUAUAGAGGAUCCCUUUCUGGGGAAAUCUCAAAAGCACACUCUUUAUUUCUUCAUGAAUUCCUUGAGAAGCUAUCUGAAAGAUGCACCAGGGAAACAUUUAUGUUAAAUUAUCAUCUCAUUAUUUCCUUUAAUGUGAUUGAUGGAAUAGCUUACCCUAUAAAGCGGGUGUUAACAUUUUUUAAUGAUAGUAAAACCAAAGCACUGUAGUUGCUUGAGGAGAUUGUUAUGGUGUCAUCAACAAGACAGUAUUAAUGAUGCUAGCGUAUUUCAUUUCUGUGUCGUGUCAAUAAGCUUCUUCCACGUUUUAGCAUAGUUAUCAUAGUAAUCCGGAGUUUAUGCUCUUUUAUCAUGUGCCUUCUAUUUUUAUUUGGUAACAUACUUUGGUGAGUCAUUCCGAUCGAGAAAACUUUUUACACUUGUUUUUCUUCCAUGUGACCAAUAUUUUCCUUGGUGUACUGGUCAGAAAAUUUUUCAGGCAUCUUCCUGUUUAGUUUUCUCUGUUUUCUUAUAGGUGUCAACAAAAUAUAUUACACAGUGUUAUAAGUACUUUCUGAUGAAUGUUUGAAUGUAAUCCUCGUCAAUAAUUUUUUUUUAACAGAAUGGAGUUACUCUUCGGUAUAAAUUUAAUGUUCAUAAAAUAAUUUGCAUCUCCAAAGUUAUUGUUCCCGCAUCAUUUCAUCGUUUGACCUGUGAAAGAAACAAGCAAUUGUGUCAGGGUUGGUUUUUCUGUAUCUUUGAUUGAAUUAAGAGAUGUCCUCCUAGUAUCUCCGCACGUUUGUCAUCAUCCCGAACGCAUGUCUAAGUAUUUUUGUAUUACGUGCAUGAUUAGCAUCUGAAAAUAUUUGAUAGUUGUUCCUCACUCCGAUUUUUAUCGGAUGCUAAUAGUCGGUUUACCAUCCAAGGUGCCAUUGUUCCUCUCCAACUUCAUAGGACAAGGAGCUGGAGUAUCGAUACCAACCAUGCCACUACUUAAAAGCCUUGUAGGGACACUUCUCGUCCCUCUAAUACUUGGAAAGGUAUUGAUGAUGAAUUCAAAAGUAGCAUUUUUUAAUGUUUUAUGAGAUAUAUCCAUUCCUUAAAUAACAAAACCCUUUUAUGAUGAAUUCAAAAAUAUUGUUAACUUUCAAUGUAUACAGUUACUGGGAAACGAGUAUCUGACAUCGUACCUUUUUUUUUCUUUUGACCUGCUAUCAAUUGAUUUUUCAUAAAUUUUUUCUGUAUCCUAUUUAAAUUAUUUUGAUGAACGCCCUUUUGUUUGCAGAUCAUUCGAGAUUCGUUUGGUUGUAAGUCUCAUGUUGCUUUUCCUUUUUUUAAUUGAGAAUCUGAAAUUCAUUCUAUCUUUAUUUUUCGCAUUGAAUAAACUAUAUACAUGACAAUUGGUAUUACAUGCGAACGUUGACUUCAACCUUAAUUACCUGUGAAUGUGAGACUAAAUUUCUGUAAAUAUUCUUUAUUGCCAUCUGAUUUUUCUUCAAAUUCAACGAAUUUUUUUUUCUUCUUGGCUAAUCUCAUGAGAAUUAUAUUACGAUUGCUGUAUUGGUCUUAAAACAUUUAACAGUAUCAGGAAAAGCUACGAUUGGAUUAUUUUUUUGUCCUUUGGUUCCUUUAUUUGAGGUAAAUUCACUUAGUUCACCUUUAACUUGAUUUUGUCAUUUUAAUGGUUUGAAUACUUCCGUUUGUAUUAUUUGAAAACAUUGUAUCAUUUAAUAUUGCUCAUAAUUUAUGUUAAAAACAUCUAAUCAAGUGGCAGACUUUGUCUCAAUUACUAAAGGGGAUCUAUGUUGACAAGUAAAAAGUUCACCAAAACUAAAUAACUAUGAUUUAUCAUGAAUAGAUUUAAGUUUCUGUGAAAUUCUCGAUUCAUCGGAUCUAUGGGAAGUUAAAAAUAAAUUCAUGAUUUUGUCUCAAUUUAAGUUUAUAUUCCCGUUGUCUAUAGAGGAAAAAUUAGCCUCAUAACGGCUCUGAGAACUUCAGUCGUGUUUUAAUCAUCUAUUUCUCAUGGGCCUUUAGUUUGAAUAGGUCACCACCUGUACUUUAUUUUUUAGAACAAAAGAAACUCUGCAUGAUAUUAUGGUUCUUAUUUCUAUAUCCGCAGGGGUGGCAGAAUAUGUUGAUCAAAAUCGUCGGCUAUUCUCAACAGCGAGUGCAGUUUGUCUCAGUCUAGUAUGACCCAGAUUCCAAUAGGAGAUUAUUUACUUAAUAUAUUGCACUGGUUCUCUAAAAGAUUAGACACAAAAACCCGGGCAUUAUUUACUGUAUUCUUUCAUAUUAUCUUGAAAAUAAGUUCUUGCUUCCAAUGUUCGUAAUAAAAUCACUGGUCUGGCCUUCCUCACCAAAUCAUAGUUUUGACAUGUAUUUUAUCCUCAUAUCAGUGUGAGAGGCUUUACAGCAUCAUCCAACAACCAUAUUCUCAAGGUUUUCCUUCAGCUUGCAGUACUUAAUUUCAUGAGAAGCAUCAACACGUGUUGCAUCUUUAGAUACCUUGUUGAUUCUUUUAGUGCCAUGAACGAUAUGCUACAUGAGCACUGGAGAAAAUCUUUCUUAGGUUCCUUGAUUUGAUAAUAUUUCUUUCAUUUUUUUUUAAUUUAAUUUUCACGGAUUAUUUCAGGUGCCUUGGAUACAAGUUAGCAGGUCAAGGACUUUGCUGUUGACCGUUCAGCCGGUGGCUUUUCUUGCCGCUGUGGCCACAGGAAUGUAUGUCCUUCGCAACCUUAGUUACAUGACAUGCUUAAAUUCUUUCGUAAGGUUACAUAUCUUGUAGUCAUCCAGCUGGAAGCACCCUACUAGUUUUCUAUUCUGAUGAAUAUUCAGGGCAUAUGGUUUCUCUGAAUAUCAAAUGAUUUGCGGGCUUGUAGUCGUUGACCUAUCAUCUCGUUAUAGAAUCCACUGGGAAUCUACCGUCGCAGGAUUCACUGUAUACAUUGUAUGCAGCAUGAAGAAGAAUGUUCCCUCCUCUAUGUGCUCUCGUCUGUUCUUUUAAGCCGCAUGUUUGACCUUUGAGGGCGAGCCCCUAGACCUUUAGUCAAAUCUGGGCAACUAAGAAACAUCCCUUUGUAUUAUUUUGCCUGCAGGCUCCUCCAUCUCACGUUGUUGACCUUCAAUACCCUCGCAUUGAAGAGCGCCUCAGCGAUUUCUGUGAAGGGAGAAUCUGUUUUCUCAAAGAAGGAGAAUGCUCGCGCUGUGAUACUCGUGGCCAGCCAGGUCAGUAUUGCACGAGUGCCCUCAAUCUCGUUGCUCAUCUCCAUGUUUCUUCAAGUUGCAACCACCCCCAAGGUCUUGAAAAGAGCUUCACUGUUGGUACCCACAGGCAGAUGGGAUCUUAAGGAAGCGGCCGAUGUGGGAGUAGAAGAAAAAUGUUAUAGUUAGUAAUCAUGAAUACCCCUGACAGACGUUGUUCCGGCUAGAGACAUGAAGGGAAGUCAACGCCCUUCCUUCCUUCAUGUCCCGGAUCUGAUGAAAUAGGACGAAUUAAGAGGGUAUUUUGUGAAGAAGUAAUUAUCUUGAAUAUAUCAACCAUUUCUUUAUUUUCUGAUCGCCUGGAAGGAACAAAGGAAACAUCUUGUCUUUUCUUCAAAAAAAUCAGAUCUUUUUGAGGAUCCGAUAAAGUUUGACCAUUUUUUAGAGAAAAAAAGAACGAAUUGAUCUUGUAGGACCCCCAAUUAGCUUCUAUUUCUCGGCCGUUAAAUUAGUUUCUGAUUAAUGAGAAUAUCUGUUCUCACUUCAACGCCCUUCAUUUCUUCACUGAUUUUCUCCUUGUCUCCUUAAUGAUACUAAUUCGCGCCAUCUCGCAGAAAACCCUUCCAGUAAUGGUGGCCGUCGUGGAGCAGCUCGGAGGAGCGCUGGGGGAGCCCGGUCUGCUGGUUCUCCCUUGUGUAGCCGCGCACAUAAACCAGGUGAAGAGCUUUGCUGACGUCAUUUAUUCCUAUGCUAGUUCCCAGCUCUGCGUCUCUGGCCGUUGACCGGCGCAGCCGCCAUGCAGAUCAUCAUCGACUCCUUCCUCGUGAACAAGUGGCUGCGACGGGACCAGCUCUCCGCGUUGCCCAAAGAAGCAUAG